AUGGCAGCCUCCCAGCUGGCAGCUCUAGAGGAGGCUGGGGAAGGGGGACCGGAUGAGGCUCCCGUCCCUGGGAUAGACCCGACUCUCCUGUAUUCGGAGGGCCAGAGGCUGGCACUGGAGGCCCUGCUGAGCGAGGGAGCCGGGGCCUUCGCCUCCUGCCUGCUUCGGGAGAGGAUCCCGCCCUUCCUGGCAGCCGAAGAGGUCCAGAGCCUGCUGACCCAGGCCGAGGACUCGGCGGCCAGGGAUGGGGAAACUGGGGAGGUCGGGGAGGCCGAGGACCAGGAAACAGGAGCCCAGGGUCCGGAGCGGGCCAGCCUGACCUACUUCCCCAGCCGCUCUGAUGAGCCACCUCCGGACCUGAGCCUGGGCUGGCCUGAGUCCCCGGUAUGGAAGGGGAUCACUCGGGCCCAGCUCUACACCCAGCCCCCUGGGGACGGGGAGCCCUCCAUCAAGGAGCUGCUGAGGAAGACUAUCCAGGAGGCCGAGAAGCUCAUAGCUGUCGUCAUGGACGUUUUCUCGGACCCCGAUCUCUUGCUGGACCUCCGAGAGGCUGCCUCGCGGCGCAAGGUGCCCGUUUACAUCCUCCUGGGCCACCGCCACCUCCCGGCCUUCCUGGCCCAGGCCCAGCAGCUGGGGGUGAACCCCAGAGCCACCGAGUAUUUGGAGGUGCGAGUCCUGCGAGGCUGCGACUUCCAGAGCCGGCGGAGGAAGCGCGUGAGCGGGGACGUGAGGGAGAAGUUCGUGCUGGUGGAUGGAGACUGCGUCAUCACGGGCUCCUACAGUUUUACCUGGAGCGAUUCCCGCCUGCACCGGAACCUGGUGAUCCUGCUGACCGGCGAGAUCGUGGACUCUUUUGACCGGGAGUUCCGGACGCUGUACGCCGCCUCGCAGCCGCUGCCCCCCUCACCCGCCUCCGGCCCCUUCCUCAGCGUGCUGGAAGGCGUGCAGCUGGCCCGCAGCCCCCACCACAUCGCCCGCCGGCGCUCCGUCGCCCCCGUCGUCGUCCCCGUCGCCCCCGUCUUGCUGCCCCCGCAGGACGACGGUCUCCAUCCCCUCCAGACCCUCGAGGACGCCAAGAGGCCCGCCGGGCCGGCCCUCAGUGAUAUCCUGAGGAACAUCCAGAGGGUUCGGCCCAUCAGCGGCCCCUGUGCCCGGCCUAGCCGGUCCCUGUGGGACCUGAGCCGCCUCUCGCAGCCAGACUCCAGCGAGGGGGACGGCCCGCCCGGGAGAGAGCCAAAGAGCCAGUGGGCCGUCCAGGACACCCCCGCCAUGGCCCUGAUGAGGCAGCGGGGGGCGAGCGAGGAGCCCAGGAGCCUGGCGCGACGCUGGGCCAACCCUGCCCGCCCCGUGGUGCCAGGCCGAUUCCUCUACCCGUCCCAGCCCCUUUGGAGGUUCAGGGAGGAUGCUGGGCAGCACGGCCGUGGGCAGCCGGACUGGGCCAGCCAGGGGGCCGACCACUGA